UCAGAGAGAUCGACCAUAUAUCACGAUUGCUACACCGCGAAUACUACCUUGCCGGUUUUAGGAGAUCCAACGCAGACGAGGCAGCGCAAGACGUGUUUGCCUGCACAUAUCCGCUCCGUACUCUCCGUUCAUUAUUUGAAGUAUCAGUCUAGGUCGAAGGUGGAGCCAUGACUACAGCAACGCGGCCUAACGGCUUUCCUAAUCUCGCCAUGAAUCCACCAAAUGACAAGGCUUCACAGCCUCUCGCAUCGACUUUUGGCCAUUCGACUUGGCAAUCAAAUGGCAUAUGGGGAAAUAGCGCUAUUGGUGGUUCGCUGAACACAAGGAGAGAUGUGACAGGCUCCAGAGAAUCGGACGAACACUCGCCCAGCGCCACAUCAGGCUCCGCACAGUUGAACACCAACUCCCAAGCCGCACCAUGGGUAUCUAGAAGUGGUAUAUGGAACCAGACCGGAAAUACACAUCAGAAUUCAUCCUCAGGGGGCACUUCGCCGACGCGAACAAGAGACGGAUACCAACACAGCUUCACUGAGCCCCCGAACAACUCUCACCUCUACCACCUACGACAGCCGGUGGGCCAAAAUGGAUCUGCAGCUCCAAGCCGAACCAUGCCUCCUGGCCCAUCGGAUCUUUCCACGUCGUCGUUCAAGUACCCGGGCGGCUUCGGAGAUUCCGUCGUCGAUGAACGGGCUGGUUCUGGUUUAUAUGCGUCGAACGGUGGCUCGCAGCUUGACCUUGACACUUCGGGACUUUACCGACGCAAUUCAAAUGACCCUACGUAUUCCAACCUUGGGCAUAGUCGUCAAAACACACUUGGGUCGCGACAGGCUGAUUCCGAUGUACAAACCCCUUCCCAUCGUUACGACAGUAACACGCACUUUCCGUUUGCCAAGCUAUCGAAACCGCAGCAGACUCAACGUCCUUCCAUUUCUGGUGCCUCAGUUACGCUGCCUUCUGAGUCGGGUCGUACCAACGCUUUCGCUCCCUUCGGGUCGGUCGAUGCCACCGGCCACGAUCUUGAGGAUACUUUCAACCGGUCAUUAACCUUGGAAGACAGCUCCGAUUCCAUGACUAACGGGUAUGCAACUAACGGACAUUUUAACCCGAACAGCCAACCGUUCCAGUUUAACCCCGGUUCGCAACCGUGGCAGCACGACCUAGGUAACAGUAACUCGCGAGCGUUCGGCCAGAACAUGCAAGAAUCCUGGGCAGAACCCCUCGCAGCGCCUUUGUACGGUGCUCGGAGGGCCCCCGGCGAGAGAGGAUCGCCCGCGGGCAGUUCAUAUCGCGCUGGCAUGAACAGCCCGAGAGCCUUCUCGGGAACUCCAAACCCCAGAGCUGACCCGUGGAGCAGACCAGGUUCGCGAGAUCCAAGAUUACUUCAGGAUCUCGACAGAGCGCAGCAUGGGUCGCAAUAUCUUCAACAACAGCAAUCCGGAUUCUAUCCUCCAGCUUACUACAAUGCUGGUCUAUCUCAAUUUUCGGCACCGUACGAUCAGUAUGUUCAAAAUCCAAGCAUGCGCUCUCAAGUGCAACUUCCGGGAUAUGGAUUACCCGUAAACUAUCCCAUGCCUGGACUCCCGGUUCCUAUUCGACCCAGCAGAGACCAAGAUCCCGGCAAAGGUGUGCGUAGCGUGCUUCUUGAAGAGUUCAGAGGAAAUGCCAAGUCCAACAAGCGCUACGAACUGAAGGAUAUAUAUAACCAUAUUGUCGAAUUUAGCGGCGACCAGCAUGGUUCACGGUUCAUCCAGGAGAAACUGCAGACGGCUAAUAGCGACGAAAAAGACCAGGUUUUCCAAGAAAUCCAGCCCAACACACUCCAACUCAUGAAGGAUGUCUUCGGCAACUAUGUCAUUCAGAAGUUCUUCGAGCAUGGAAACCAGGUUCAGAAGAAGCUCAUCGCCGCACAGAUGAAGGGUAAGGUCGCGGAGCUUUCAACGCAAAUGUAUGCGUGCCGUGUUGUGCAAAAGGCACUUGAGCAUGUGCUGGUCGAGCAACAAUAUGAGAUCGUAGAAGAGCUGAAGCCUGAUAUCAUGCGGAUCGUGAAAGACCAGAAUGGAAAUCAUGUAAUCCAAAAGAUAAUCCAGAUGGUACCGGACCGUUGCAUUCCCUUCAUCAUGGAUGCUUUCCAAAGUCAAAUCGAGUCGUUGGCAUCGCACAACUACGGCUGCAGGGUCAUACAGCGAAUUUUAGAACAUGGAACGGAGGUAGAGAAGAAGAGUUUGAUGUCGGAUCUUCACGCCUGCGCAGCGAGGCUUAUUACUGACCAAUACGGAAACUAUGUUACGCAGCACAUCAUUGCACAGGGCCAGCCAGAAGACCGGCAGCAAGUCAUCCAACUCGUUCUCCAGAAACUGCUGUUCUUUUCUAAGCAUAAAUACGCUUCGAACGUGGUUGAGAAGUCGAUCGAAUACGGGACGAACGAAGAUCGGAAAGCUAUCAGAAUCCAGCUCACUGCUUUACACAGCGAUGGCACAAGCCCGCUUCAGCUCAUGAUGAAAGAUCAAUUUGGAAAUUAUGUAAUCCAAAAACUGAUGCAACACCUCGAGGGACCGGACCGCGACUCCUUCAUCGAGGAGAUGAGACCUCACUUCGCAAACCUUAAGAAGUACAGCACCGGACGGCAAAUCACGGCUCUAGAUAGGUUGAUGUCCGCGAGCUCGGUCAUCCCAGGAUCCGGCUUUGCUACUGCUUCCGGCAGUCCUACCACGCCUAGUCUACUCGUCGAAGUCAACUCAUCCGCUCCCACCCCGUCUCUCACUAUGGAACAAAACAGUCCCGAGAGCAGCAGUCCUCCAAGCACCAAUUCUGGUAUGGAAGAGCCUCUAGACGAAAAGACGACUAAGGCAUCACCUCUCAGUUCAUCUUGCCGAACUGUCCAGGUUAAGGAAUCAUAAUUUCUCGCAGGCGCCUGUCACGCAUCUACAGAAUGUGUUUAGCAUCUUCACCUUCCUCUCCCAUAAUCUUGUCUAGUUGCCUGAGCUAGAUAAUCAUCCGCACAUCAUGUCUAUCUAUCACUGUUUUCGACGACUUGAAAAUGACACCGGCGCAUAAAGAACAUAGCAAUGCAAAUAACAUAGAAAUCGAAGGCCUCUAGUCAAAU